AGUCAGCGCGUCCUCCGGCCGCGGGGGGCGGAGUCUCGGCGGCCCCGGCCUGUCACUGUCCCCUGGCCUGGGUCCCGGCGCCCCUCCCCGUGCCCUUCAAGGCGCCCUGCCCUCCCCGGGCCGCCUCUCGGCCCGGCGUUCCGCUGUCCCCGACUCCGGCUCCCGCUCCCGACGCCGCACGCCUAUCCCGCUUGGGUAACUCAUCCCACUUUGGAGUCCUUUUAAUUCUACAGAAAGAGUUCAAAUCCUCUGGAAGCCAAAAUGGAACACAGUAAACAGAUUCGAAUUCUACCAUUGAACGAAAUGGAGAAGCUAGAGAAGACCCUCUUCAGACUUGAACAAGGGUUUGAACUACAGUUCCGAUUAGGCCCCACUUUACAAGGAAAAGCUGUUACUGUGUAUACCAAUUACCCACUUCCUGGAGAAGCAUUUAAUCGAGAAAAAAUCCGUUCCUUGGAUUGGGAAAACCCAACAGACAGAGAAGAUGAUUCUGAUAAGUACUGUAAACUUCACCUGCAGCAGUCUGGAUCUUUCCAGUACUACUUCCUUCAAGGACAGGAGAAAAGUGUCGGAGGUUACAUAGUUGUGGAUCCUGUUUUACGCAUCGGAGCUGAUAACCGCGUGUUGCCCUUGGACUGUGUCACUCUGCAGACAUACUUAGCAAAGUGUUUAGGACCCUUUGAUGAGUGGGAAAGCCGACUGAGGGUGGCCAAGGAGUCAGGUUACAACAUGAUUCACUUCACCCCGCUGCAGACUCUCGGACUGUCCAGGUCAUGCUACUCCCUUGCCAAUCAGUUAGAAUUAAAUCCUGACUUCUCAAGGCCUGAUAAAAGAUAUGACUGGAAUGAUGUUGGGCAGCUAGUGGAGAAGCUGAAAAGGGAGUGGAAUAUUCUUUGUAUCACCGACGUUGUCUACAAUCAUACUGCUACUAAUAGUAAGUGGAUCCACGAACACCCGGAAUCUGCGUACAAUCUUGUAAAUUCUCCACACCUGAAACCUGCCUGGGUCCUAGACAGGGCACUCUGGCAUUUGUCCUGUGAUGUUGCAGAUGGGAGGUACAGAGAAAAAGGAGUCCCUGCUCUGAUUGAAAAUGAUCAGCACAUGAACUGCAUUCGGAAAAUAAUUUGGGAGGACGUUUUCCCAAGGAUUCGACUCUGGGAGUUUUUCCAGGUAGAUGUUAACAAAGCAGUUGAACAAUUCAGAAGACUGCUCACUCAAGAAAACAGAAGAGUAACUAAGUCUGAACCAAAAGAACAUCUUAAAAUUAUUCAGGACCCUGAAUUCAGGCGGCUGGGCUGUUCUGUAGACAUGAGCAUCGCUCUGGAGACUUUUAUACCACACGACAAGGGGCCGGCUGCAGUUGAAGAGUGCUGUAAUUGGUUUCGUCAGAGACUCGAGGAGUUAAAUUCCGAGAAGCACCACCUCACCAGCUGUCACCAGGAGCAGGCAGUUAACUGUCUUUUGGGAAAUGUGUUUUAUGAACGACUGGCAGGCCAUGGCCCUAAACUAGGACCUGUCACCAGGAAGUAUCCUUUAGUCACCAGGUAUUUUACUUUCCCCUUUGAGGAAAUGACCUUAUCCACAGAAGAAUCCAUGAUCCACCUCCCAGAGAAAGCUUGUUUUCUGAUGGCGCACAAUGGGUGGGUGAUGGGCGAUGACCCGCUCCGGAACUUUGCUGAGCCAGGUUCGGAUGUUUAUUUGAGGAGAGAACUUAUUUGCUGGGGUGACAGUGUUAAAUUGCGCUAUGGGAACAAACCUGAGGACUGCCCUUAUCUGUGGGCACACAUGAAGAAAUACACUGAGAUUACUGCCACUCACUUCCAGGGAGUUCGUCUUGACAACUGCCACUCCACGCCUCUCCACGUGGCUGAGUACAUGCUGGAUGCUGCUAGGAAGUUACAGCCCAACCUUUAUGUCGUGGCUGAGCUGUUCACAGGAAGCGAAGAGCUGGACAACAUCUUCGUUACUAGACUGGGCAUCAGCUCCUUAAUAAGAGAGGCGAUGAGCGCAUAUAACAGUCACGAAGAGGGCAGGCUGGUGUACCGGUACGGAGGGGAGCCCGUCGGAUCCUUCGUUCAGCCCUGUCUGCGGCCGCUCAUGCCUGCUAUCGCGCAUGCCCUGUUUAUGGACAUUACCCACGAUAACGAGUGCCCCAUUGUGCACAGAUCAGCCUAUGAUGCUCUUCCAAGCACCACAAUCGUUUCCAUGGCUUGUUGUGCCAGCGGAAGUACAAGAGGCUACGAUGAGCUGGUGCCUCACCAGAUUUCAGUGGUUGCUGAAGAACGGUUUUACACUAAGUGGAAUCCCGGGGCGUCACCGUCAGAUACAGGCGAUGUUAAUAUCCACAGCGGGAUUAUUGCAGCCAGAUGUGCCAUCAACAGACUCCAUCAAGAGCUCGGAGCCAAGGGUUUCAUCCAAGUGUAUGUGGAUCAAGUGGAUGGAGACAUUGUGGCAGUGACGAGACACUCCCCAAGCAUCCAUCAGUCUGUCGUGGCCGUGUCUAGAACUGCUUUCAGGAAUCCCAAGACUUCAUUUUACAGCAAAGAAGUCCCUCAGAUGUGCAUCCCUGGCAAAAUUGAAGAGGUAGUUCUGGAAGCUAGAACUAUUGAGAGGAGUACAAAACCUUAUAAGAAAGAUGAGAACUCAAUCAAUGGAAUGCCGAACAUGACGGUGGAACUUAGAGAACACAUCCAGCUUCAUGAAAGUAAAAUUGUCAAACAAGCUGGGGUUGCCGCAAAGGGUCCCAAUGAAUAUAUUCAGGAAAUAGAAUUUGAAAAUCUAUCUCCAGGAAGUGUUAUUAUAUUCAGAGUUAGUCUUGAUCCACACGCUCAAGUUGCCGUUGGGAUUCUCCGGAAUCACCUGACCCAGUUCAGCUCUCACUUUAAAUCUGGAAGCCUUGCUGUUGACAACUCGGAUCCCAUAUUAAAAAUCCCCUUCACCUCCAUUGCCUCUAAGUUGACUUUGGCCGAGCUAAAUCAGGUGCUUUACCGAUGUGAAUCAGAAGAACAAGAAGAUGGGGGAGGUUGCUAUGACAUACCAAACUGGUCGUCCCUUAAGUAUGCAGGUCUUCAAGGAUUAAUGUCCGUGUUGGCAGAAAUAAGACCAAAGAAUGACCUGGGGCAUCCAUUCUGUGAAAACUUGAGGUCCGGAGACUGGAUGAUCGAUUAUGUCAGCGGCCGGCUUAUUUCGCGAUCAGGAAGUAUUGCUGAAGUUGGUAAAUGGUUGAAGGCUAUGUUCUUCUACCUGAAGCAGAUCCCACGAUACCUCAUCCCGUGCUACUUUGAUGCUAUAUUAAUUGGUGCAUAUACCACUCUGCUGGAUGCAGCAUGGAAACAGAUGUCAAGCUUUGUUCAGAACGGUUCCACCUUCGUGAAACACCUGUCACUGGGUUCUGUCCAGAUGUGCGGGGUCGGGAAGUGCCCUUGUCUGCCGCUGCUUUCCCCCUCGCUCCUGGAUGUGCCAUGCAGGUUAAAUGAGAUCACAAAGGAGAAGGAGCAGUGCUGUGCCUCCUUGGCUGCAGGCUUACCUCACUUUUCUUCUGGUCUUUUUCGCUGCUGGGGGAGGGAUACUUUCAUUGCACUUCGAGGGAUGCUGCUGGUUACGGGACGCUUCUUGGAAGCCAGGAAUAUUAUUUUAGCGUUUGCUAGCACCCUGAGGCAUGGUCUCAUUCCUAACCUCCUCGGUGAAGGCACGUACGCCAGGUACAACUGUCGGGAUGCCGUGUGGUGGUGGCUGCAGUGCAUUCAGGACUAUUGCAAGAUGGUUCCAAACGGGCUAGACAUCCUCAAGUGCCCAGUGUCCAGGAUGUAUCCAACAGAUGAUUCCGCACCCUUGCCUGCUGGCACACUGGAUCAGCCUUUGUUUGAAGUCAUACAGGAAGCUAUGCAAAGGCACAUGCAAGGCAUUCAGUUCCGAGAGAGGAAUGCGGGCCCUCAGAUCGAUCGAAACAUGAAGGACGAGGGUUUCAACAUAACUGCAGGGAUUGAUGAAGAAACAGGAUUUGUUUAUGGAGGAAAUCGCUUCAACUGUGGCACCUGGAUGGAUAAAAUGGGAGAGAGUGACCGAGCUAGAAACAGAGGGAUCCCAGCCACCCCGAGAGAUGGGUCUGCUGUGGAAAUCGUGGGCUUGUGUAAAUCUGCUGUUCGAUGGUUGCUGGAAUUGUCUAAGAAAAACGUCUUUCCUUAUCAUGAAGUCAGAGUAAGAAGACAUGGAAAGGUCGUAGCUGUCUCGUAUGAUGAGUGGAACAGGAAAAUACAAACCAACUUUGAGAAGCUCUUUCAUGUUUCCGAAGACCCUUCAGAUCCGAACGAGAAGCAUCCGAACCUGGUUCACAAACGCGGCAUCUACAAGGACAGCUAUGGUGCGUCAAGUCCUUGGUGUGACUAUCAGCUCAGGCCCAAUUUCACCAUAGCAAUGGUGGUGGCCCCUGAACUCUUUACUGCUGAAAAGGCUUGGAAAGCUUUGGAAAUCGCAGAAAAAAAAUUACUUGGUCCUCUUGGCAUGAAAACUUUAGAUCCAGAUGACAUGGUUUACUGUGGAGUUUAUGAUAAUGCCUUAGACAAUGACAACUACAACCUUGCUAGAGGUUUCAAUUACCACCAAGGACCUGAGUGGCUAUGGCCAAUUGGGUAUUUUCUUCGUGCAAAGUUGUAUUUUUCCAAAAUGAUGGGCCCAGAGACUGCCGCAAAGACUGUAUUUUUGGUUAAAAAUGUUCUUUCUAGACAUUAUGUCCAUCUUGAGAGAUCGCCAUGGAAAGGCCUUCCAGAGCUUACCAACGAGAAUGGCCAGUACUGCCCUUUCAGCUGUGAGACACAGGCAUGGUCAAUGGCUGCUGUUCUCGAAACCCUCUAUGAUUUAUAGUUGGCUCGUAGAUAUUUAGUAAUUAUGUGAGCACUUGACAUUAUUGAAUGCAAGGUCAUAAAGAAAUGUAAGCUCAACUCAUUUUAAAACUCUCAUUCAUAGCCAGGCAGUGGUGGCACAUGCCUUUGAUCCCAGCACUCGGGAGGCAGAGGCAGGCAGAUCUCUUUGAAUUCGAGGCCAGCCUGGACUACAGAGAAAGUUCCUAGGCAGCCAGGCCUACACAGAGAAACCUCAUAUCUAAAAAACAAAAGCCAAACAAAAAAUUAUUCAUCUGUUUUUGGCUUUUUUUUUUCUUAAAGACUAUCAUGUGUGCCACCACACCCAGUGUAUGCAGCCCUGGGGAUCACACGCAGAACCUCAUGCAUGGUAGACAAGCACUCUACCAACUGAACUUCAUCCCAUGCUGUGUAGAAUUUUUUUCCUACAUUCUUUUGAUUUGAAUCAGAAAGAAAAAUGAUUGUUUCCCAUAGAAGGUUAGCAAAAAAGUAUUCUUCAAAGCAGAGUUUUUAAAAAACAAAACAAAAACAAAACAAACCAGAGACCAUGUAUCAUCUUCGAUUUGGAGGAGGGUGGUGUCUGAAGUCCUGCUGUCUGCUGGCACAACCCACGCUGCGCCUCAUGGAUGCCCUGCCGUUUGUCCAGCAGUCUUGACGCCAUGCCUGAUGCAGUCAGUGCACCCUUGGUAAAUGCUUUAUGUAGAACUAUGGAAGCUUCCACCCACAGUAUAUAUUUGUAGAUGGAGUACAAAGCUUCAAAAUGUGGUUUAUUUUUAACAGAUAAGUUAUGUUUUUAAUAUAAUAAAUGCCAACUAUACUUACUAUAACUGAGUUGUGUUAAAAGAAUAAUUGGACAUAAUAAAACAGACCACUAAGACAUAAAUCAGUUCUUUAAAAUUAGUUCCAGUUUCCCACUGUGAGAUAGCUUACAUUUUCAGAAUGGAAAUUACUGGGCAUAUUUAUGGAAUUUUUCGGGGGCGGAAAAGCCUAGAGCAGUACCUUGGUGUCAGAGUGCUGGCUUAGCAUGUGUCAAGGCCCUGAGUUCUAUCCCUAAAGCCACCAAAAGAAAAAGAAGGGCGUAUAAGAGGGGAGGGAAGGGGAAUAAGGUAGGGAAGGAGGGAGAGGGAAAAAAGGAGAGGAAAGAUUUAAAAUAGAGCCAUAUUAGGUUAUCUGCAAUGGGGUCACCAUCCACCUCGGGAAAUCUUGAGGGUGCAGUGCUCCUACUGAGAACUGUUAGUGAAAGACCGGUACUGUGUUUUGCAUGGUCUGUUUGAAAGUCUGGGAAGGUAUGUUUUACAUUAUCCCAGCCACAGGAAUUAAGGGAAUGCUUUUAGACUGUAAAAGGACAAUGGCCAUUUGACCUGAGAGCGCAUAGGCAGAGCGCUUCAUUCCUGUGUGAAGCUGCAGAAAGGGUUAUUUUUAUUUCACGUUUCCCAAACGCUCUGUGCCUUGGCUAUUCACUUACCAAAACCAAUCCUACUCUAAGGAAAAGUGAACUUUCCAGUCUAACCAGUAUGCCGUGAUAUUUUAGUGAGUUCAGAGAUGAGUGUGGAGACAGGAGGCCUGUCUUCAUUUCAGUGAGUAUCACCCCCUACGUGGUAAUCAUUUCUACUGUGUCUUACACUGCUCUGUCACUGAGCAAAGGUUUAUGUCUGUGUGUCAAAAUAAAAGUUUUUUUCCUAAAGGACUCUCUUUGCUUUCCUAGUUUUUACUGUGAAAUUCCCUGUCCUCACGAGUGGUGUGCGGAGACUUCCCAUUUAUAGGAUGGAGGAGGAGGAGGGAGAGGGAAGAGGGAAGGUUGUCUGGAGAGUUACUAAAGUAGCCACGCAAGCAGGCUUCCAAUGCCUAUCCCUGCGUCUGUUAGCUUCUGUAUUCCUUUGAUGUAUCUUUACGGCGAAUUUUAUUUACGUUUCACCAACCCACAAAUAUAGUAGCAAAUGGAUGUGAACAUUAGCUUUCUGAAAAAGCCACACAAUUUUUGCUUUCAAUUAUACUAUGAGCAA